AUGAAUUUCUCUACCGCACUUAUCUUUGCUUUCAUUGCCGUUGCCUUCACAAAACCUCAUCACAAAGGAAGUUCCAAUUCCAGCAGUGAUGGUGAUUUUAAGCACAAGCGCCACCAUCAUAAGCACGAGCAUCAUCAUCAUACCUUCCAUCCACGUCGCUCAACUUCAACUACUAUGUCAACGCCGACAGAGUAUAAACAGAGUACAGAAUCUCCUGUUGCUACUACAUCGAAUCGCAUCGCUACCGAAGGUGUCACAACUACCACUUUGGCUGCUGGAAUCACCACUGAAUUGGAGCUUAUAACCCAAGCAGAGGUGGAAGCAAGCACUAAACUUUUUCCUGCCAGCACAUCGACCGCUCCAGAGGUCGUGACCAAAAUUGUGACCGUGGAAGGAAGCGUUCCGGCUGGUAGCACUCAGUCAGUAGUUUAA